GGUUCAUUGUGUUGAGCAGCUGGGAAGUUAGAGAAAUGUUAUGUUAAAUAAACAAGACAUUAUCAAAGCAAAGUGGCCUUUCGACAUUUAAGUAGCGUAUUUAGUUAUUAAGAGGCUCUAUGUGCAACAACAUGCCUUGUUGUUUGUGCUUCUUUUCAGUUACGAUUGAAAACUUAAUUCAAUGUAGUCAACAUGCUAGCCUUUGAGCUAGGUUGGCUAACGGUAGGAUAGUUUGGAGACUAGUCCUUUUAUUAAUAUAGUUUCAUCUUCAAAUUAUAGCAAUGUUGGGGUUUCUUACAGCCAGGCAGGCUGGUGUGGAUGAUCCUCUGCGACUGAGGCGUGCAGAGUCAACGCGGAGGGUCCUGGGUCUGAAGUUGAAUCCUGACAGAGAUGUUGAUAGAAUCCAUGGAAACGGCAUCAACACCAUUGACAUUGAAGCAGUAGAGGGCAGAUACAUGUUGUCUGGCGGCGCAGAUGGAGUGAUUGUCAUCUAUGACCUGGAGAACUACAGUAGGAAACUACUGUACACCUGCAAGGCAGUUUGCACUGUAGGCAGGUCGAGUCGGUAUGUCCACAAAUUCAGCGUAGAGACAGUCCAGUGGUAUCCUUAUGACACGGGCAUGUUUGUCUCGAGUUCCUUUGACAAGACCAUGAAGGUCUGGGACACUGAGACACUGAAGCCUGCAGAAGUCUUUGAGUUUGAGGGCAAUGUCUACAGCCACCACCUCUCCCCCAUCGCCAGGAAGCACAGUCUCAUUGCAGUUGGCACCACAGACCCUAAAAUCCAGCUGUGUGACCUGAAGUCUGGUUCACGGAUUCAUGUUCUUCAGGGCCACAGAGCAGAGAUCCUGUCCGUGCGGUGGUCGCCCCGAUACGAUCACAUCUUAGCCACUGCCAGUGCAGACAGCAAAGUGAAAGUAUGGGAUGUGCGUCGGGCUUCUGGUAGUCUCUUCACUCUGGACCAACACAAUGGAGACAAAUCAAAAGCAUCCUCUGAGGCAGUGAACACGGCGCAUAAUGGCAGAGUGAAUGGCCUGUGCUUCACUGGUGAUGGCCUCUACCUCCUCACCACUGGAACUGAUGACCGUAUGCGACUAUGGAAUAGUGCAACUGGGGAAAACACCCUGGUAAAUUACGGGAAGGUCUGCAACGAGAGCCGUAAAAGGCUUCAGUUCACAGUUUCCCGUGGCUGCAGCCCAGAGUUUGUGUUUGUGCCCUGCGGCAGCUCGGUGGCUGUGUAUGCCCUCCACACAGGAGAGCUGGUCACCAUGCUCAGAGGGCACUACAACAACGUGGACUGCUGCGAGUUUCACCCAGACUACCAGGAGCUCUAUACUGGAGGUAAAGACUGUAACAUCCUGGCGUGGGUUCCUGCCCCUCGUGCCCCAGAUGUGGAAGAAGAGUCAAAAAGUGCAAAUCAGGCUGCUGCUGACCAGUCCUCAGUGAACCCGGCCUUUCAGGAUGCAUGGAGUAGUGAUGAAGACUAAUGCUGUUUUUCUUCGUGUGGACAUACAAAGUGUCUGACUAUGGAAAUGUGCACACAUCUUGAAGAUGAUCCUCUGGGGAUAAAUGUGAAGAUAAUAACGAAUUUGGGGAAAUAUCUCUUGUUUCAUCAUUGCAGGCAUAGAUAAAGAUGGUAAAUUGGAAUGUGUAAAUAAUUGUAUACUAUUAUAAAGAUGCACAAAUGUUUUUUUUCUA